AUGUCAGUAAUGUCACCAACGUUUUGUUUACCGUUAUUUUAGUUUAAGAGAAAGUUUAAUAUUAACAGAUUUGUGUAAAAGAUUAAUUAAAAAAUAUGCCUGAUAAUACUAAGAAGAAGUUGACCAAUAAGUCCAGUGUUAAUGGUUGGUGGAUUAUUUUUGGUGUUAUAUGCGCGGCUACCUUUUUGACCCGAUUUUACAAAGUAUUGGAACCAGAUCAUGUUUGCUGGGAUGAGACUCACUUUGGCAAAAUGGCUAGCUGGUACAUAAAUAGAACCUUCUUCUUUGAUGUGCAUCCACCACUAGGGAAGAUGCUUAUAGCACUAUCCGGAAAACUAUCAGGCUAUGAUGGUAAAUAUCCUUUUGAAAAACCUGGUGAUAAAUAUAAUGGUACCAGAUAUGAAGGAAUGAGAAUUUUUUGUACAACAUUAGGAGCUUUGACAGUUCCUUUAACCUUUUUGUCAAUAUGGGAAAUGACACAAUCUAUGGAAGCAACAUUUAUUGGUACUAUUCUAUUGUUAUGUGAUGUUGGAUAUUUAACUCUGAACAGAUAUAUUCUCUUAGAUCCUAUUCUAUUAUUUUUUAUGAGCUGUGCUAUUUAUGGAGCUUUUAAGGUUAGAACAUUAACCGACUCAGGGCAGCCGCCAUAUUCCACUCGCAUGUUGUCAUGGCAACUAUUCCUGGGCUGGUCUCUAGCGUGCACCAUGUCUGUUAAGUUUGUCGGCUUGUUCCUUGUCCUGUUUGUUGGUCUCCGCACACUUGCAGAUCUAUGGAAUGUUCUAGGAGAUCUGACAAAACCAGUGACUUUAACACUGAAACAUCUUAUUGGUCGGAUUUUUACAUUAAUUCUUUGGCCCAUCGCACUUUACGUGUUCUUUUUCUGGAUCCAUCUCACUGUGCUGAGCAAAAGCGGUAACGGCGACGGUUUCUACUCGUCGGGCUUCCAGGCGCGUCUGGAGGGCAACAGUCUGCACAACGCGAGCGCGCCGCGGCAGCUGGCGUACGGCGCGCUCGUCACGCUGAAGAACCACCGCACGGGCGGCGGCUACCUGCACUCGCACCACCACCUCUACCCCGCGGGGGUGGGGGCUCGCCAGCAGCAGGUAACACCUUCAGACACGCAGACCAAGGCUGUACGUUACCGGUGUGUUCUAUGGAGAUCCCGGAAUUAUAUUGCAAUAGAGGCUGGCCACUUAGGUGGUUUAAUGGGUCGAACGCCACAUAAACCUGUCUUCCUAGGUGCGGUGGUUGUACGCAGCGGCGACCUCGUGCGCCUGACGCACGCCGCCACGGGCCGCAACCUGCACUCGCACAGGGAACGAGCGCCGCUCUCUCACAAGUACCUGCAGGUCACAGGCUACGGAGAGGAUGGUAUUGGAGAUGCAAAUGACGUUUGGAAGAUUUUGAUCUCCGGAGGGAAGGAUGGUGAAGAGAUACAAACUGUGAGAAGCAAGUUGAUGUUCGUACAUUAUUUACAAACAUGUGUGUUGACAACAACGGGCAAACAAUUACCGAAGUGGGGAUAUGAACAACAAGAGGUGGCGUGUAACCCCAACCUAAGGGACAAACACGCGCUAUGGAAUGUUGAGGACAACUUGUUUGAUGACUUACCCAAGGUUAGUUUUGAAGCAUACGCGUCUGGAUUCCUGGAGCGGUUCAUAGAGUCGCACGCUGUCAUGUUCCAAGGGAAUUCAGGUCUCAAGCCUAAGGAAGGGGAGGUGACAUCUCAGCCCUGGCAAUGGCCUAUUAAUUACAGGGGUCAAUUUUUCUCUGGCAGUGGUCAUAGAAUAUAUUUGUUAGGCAACCCUGUGGUCUGGUGGACCAACCUUAUUUUCCUUGGCAUUUUCUUUUUCGUCUACAUUAUUAAUUCUAUCAGAGAGAAAAGGGCAGAGGCUUUCGGUUCUCCUGUUAAAGUGUACCAGUGCGCGCUUGGGCUCGUCCUCUCGUCCACAGUGUACAGCUUCUAUCUGUUCUCUCCGUUGGCGUACGGCAUGACGGGGCCUUUAGCACACGAACCUAACUCCACUAUGACCGGCUUAAAAUGGCUGGACUCCUGGGAAUUUUAAGCCCUGUCCCACCUAAUUGUAAAUUGUCUAAUAAAAAUCUAACAUGUAAAAUAUGUCAUGGAACUAGGGGUUUUUUCUCUGACAGUUCGACAUUUUUAAGCUAUCUAAGCCUCUAGCUAGUGGUGGGACAGGCCCUAUUCUAACCAUAGAUAUAGAUGGUUGUUUGUAAUAGAAGGAACGAGCAGCGGAUCGCCUAAUACUAUUCAAUCUGACGCCUAUACUGUUUUAUAUAAAAUUGAUAUAAUUAAGUGUCGAUUUUCGUAAUACUUUGUACUAAUAUUAACAUUUAUGUUUUUUCUGCUUAUUGCUAAUAAUUUAAUUAUUAUUUAUGGAGUCUUAAAUAUUUAUGUUAAUUGAAAUAACUGUUACAUUGAUAUUUACACUAAGAUUGUGAAAAACAUACUCUUUUUUAAUUAGAGGUUAUUAAAAAUCUGAAAAUC